AGAUCGAUCGAUCGAUUUAAUCGUAAAAGCAAAUAACGAUUAUAUACCUACAUAUGUAUGCAGUUACAUUAGACAUUAAAUAUUAUUCCUCUGGCGGGGUACUUUACAAAAUAAAUGUUUUAUCGCAGGUAGUGGAAACUAUAAAUGAUUCACGUUCCAAAUCAAGCGGAGUGCUUCGAUCGGGGUUAUCCAAGCGAAAAACUGCGCCCGAGACCGAUUCAGGUUCGCCUUAUGAAAAUGGAAAGUACCACGAUUCCAUGAACGAACUAGAAGAGAACGUUCCAAGUAUCGACGGUGAUAAACGCUCGCUACUCGAGUCUAAAGAUAUGCACGAAUCUUUCGUAGAGCCUAUGGAUCGUAUCGAUGAUUUCGACGACGACAUUAAAGUUAGAUUGGGAAGAGGCCUGAAAACGAUCAGCGAUGAUUCAAUAAAAAACGAAACCUUCGACAAUAACAAUUCGACUAAUGUUUCUUCUAUAAAUAAUGAAAAUCUAACAACGAUUAUGAACAUUGUAAAAAUACCUACGAAUUACGAAAUAAAUAUAAUUAAUUCGUCGUAUUAUACCCGAGAAAUCAAUGAUAAUUCUACCGAAACGAUAAAAAAAAAUGAAAAAAAAAGAUCGAGCAACGAAAGUCAUUCGAUCGUGAAUAGCGUUAAAAUUGGAUCUAGUAGACGUCCUCGAUUGGAACCAUUGGCCAAUAGAAAUGCAUCGAGAGUGAAACGAGAAGGAAAUUCUUACUCGUUAAAUUACGACAAAGGAAAUCCUUACGAUACGUAUUAUUCACAUUCGAACGAUAUCACGAAGGAUCUUUACACGAUUGAUCCUUACAAAUAUAAAGAAAACGAUAAUACGCAUUUGAAAUAUAACGACUUGAACGAUCUUUAUAAACAGAACGAGGAUGAUUCGAACGGUAGUAAGAGAAAGAAGAAUAAGAAUAAGAAGGAUAAUAGGAGAUGGAAGAAGAAGAGGAAGAAGAAAAAGAAGAAGAAGAAAAAUUCCAAUUGGAAAGUGGCCAAGAAACGUGUUAGAAAUUUGAACAAAGACGAUAGAUUCGAGUUUCUCAGAGAUACGAAAAGGAGGAGGAAACUUUCGAAACGUCGUCCAUACGCGAAUUUUCGCGACGUCCCAUGGAAGAAGGAACAACGGCGUCGAAGAAAGAAGAAGAAUAUGGCCGGGAAGAAGGGAAAGGAAGUGGAGAAGAUCGAAAUGAUGAGAAAUCGUGAGACGGGUGAGGCGAAGGGAAUUCGAAGGAAUUCUCAUGCCGAUAUCAUAGCUGGCGCUAACGUGAUUCAACAGGAGAGUGUGAACGAUCAAAACACAAUGAGAGAGAAGGAGACGGAGGAUGAGGAUACCCGUAGAAAGAAGCUCGCUAUGCUCCUGACAGCUGACAACAUGGAAGAUGAAUCUCAAAUGGAUUUGGCUCUUCAUGGAGAAUUGGCUGGAAAAAUCGUCGAAAACAUUUUCGAACAAGUAAGAAAAAGCAUGGGAUGUGCUUUCUUUGAUAGAUGGCGACUAGCUUGGUUAAACGAAAGCAAAAGUAUUAUCGAUCAUUUGCAUCAUAGGUGCAAAGGAACGAGGCCCUUAAGGUAGCUCUAGGUCCGGGACUUUAUAGAAAGAACAAGCCCGAAGAUUCGAUCGAAACUGAUAAGACUUAUCAUCAGGGAUUCGACGAAGACGAGGUAUCUCAAUUUUUAAAAAUAUGUAUCUUGAUAUUUUCUUUUUUGGAGAAUCCAACGAAACGAGAAAUCAUAUUAUAAUUUUAUCAUUAAUUUUUAACAUUGUACUUGCUUAUCUCGUAUUAUGCCACUAAAUUGAAAAUAUUUCAACGAAGAUCUUUA